AGAUGAUUCUGAUUCUGAUUCUGAUUCUGAUCUCAGUAUCGUGGCACAGAUGGCUCGUCUUUACCUGUUGCUCGCCCUUUGCGGGAUCAUCGCACUGGCCCAAGCUGUAUUCAGACAUCCCCAAAAAUCAUUCAAUGAUUGUCCUAAAGGCUGGACUCAGUUGGACAAGUACUGCUACGUCUACUACCAUGAUCCCAGGACCUUUUCAGAUGCAGAGAGUAUCUGCAACCUUCUUGACGGGAAUCUGGUCUCGAUCACCAGCCUCAAGGAACACGCACUCGUUGUCGAGCUGAUUCGGGAGGGGGCCGGCUCUGUCGUUGACACCUGGAUUGGAAGCCACGAUGCCAUUGAGGAAGACGACUUUGUAUGGACCAGUGGUGAAGUUUUUAAAUUCACAAACUUUGGUCCUGGCCAGCCUAACAACAUCGGUGGAGACGAAGACUGUGUUGAGAUUGAGGCAGAUGACUCGUUGUGGGAUGAUGAUGAAUGCAGCGACGCCAACCCAUUUGUUUGCAUCAGACCCGUGGACAAAAAAGAUUGCCACUAAUCAGCCGUCAAAUCUUCUAUUAUAUCGUCUCUCCAUAAUCAUGGUAACUUCAAGACUGUCUUUGGUGUCUUUCAAUGUUCAUUAUCAGGUUACUGUUAAUGAUUGCUGUCUGUUCAGCUCAUUUCCAUUGGUAUCUUUUCAAUAAAUUAAAGGCAUUUUCUGAGCAUGACAA